UCUCGGCCGAUUGAGACGCGUGUGCUCCAAGAAGAAAAUCGGGCUGGGACGUGCCAAUUGGAUAGCUGCCUUUUGUGAACGGAUCCGUUGAAACCCGAACGGCGGGCAUAACUUUUAUUGUCGCUUAAUUAAUUUAUAUUAAUUUGUAUGCAAUCAAAUGAACAAACAGCAAAGAGACAUCGCGAGUUAAAAAUUGUAUCGUGAGUGAAGACAUAAUUAACGGAAAUAUUUGGCUUUUUGUGAUAGUGAAUAAAGUAAAUAAGCAGUUUGCGCUGGAUAAAGAUCGGUUAAUCUUUGAAUAAAAAAAAUGUUCCACUAGAGAGAAGUCACUGGAGAAAUGGUCAGUCCUUCGCCCGUCCGAAGUGGAGGAUAUACCCUACCCCACAUAAUCCCCAAUGAGAUGGAGAAUGAUCUGGACAAGCGGGUGGCUACACCACCACCUCCAUCAGCUCCUCCUGCACCUGCGAGUUCCGAUGUCAUUGCAGAUGUGGUGGGCGACUUCGGCAUCUGGCAGCUGAGAACCAUCCUGAUCAUCUUUCUGUGCAAGAUCCCCGCUGCCUGGUUCAUGGCCUGCAUCAUAUUCACUGGACCGGAAUUGUAUCCCGGCUCGGAGUUCAUCUGCGACACUAGCUAUCUAACGAGCAGUAGCAACUCCAGCUACAGUGUUUCCGAUAACCAGUGCUAUGUCCUGGAGGAUUCCACUGGCAUCCGCAGCGAGUGCGAACAGUUUACUUACUUUUCCAGUUUCGACUCCUUGAUCAUGCAGUUUAACCUGGUUUGUUUGCGAGAUAUCUUUGUGGCCUGGACGCAGUACUGGCAUCUGUUUGGAGUCCUUGUCGGUGGUGUGGUAGGCACCAAGAUGAUGCUGGGGAUCAGUCCGAGGAGCACUUACUGCGUGGGCGCCGUUGCCCAGAUAGUUUGCGGGGUGGUAACUGGCUACGCCAGGGAUUUCAGUCUACAUUGCGCUUUCCGCUGCCUCUCCGCUGUCUGUUGUGCAAUUAUGUUUACAGCUGGUCAGGCUAUAUUUGCCGACAUAACGGCGGGAAUGCAUCGAGUGGGUGCCAUUAUCCUGUACGACACCUUCUGGUCCAUCGGAGUGAUCCUGCUGCCCGGUCUUUCCUCCUUCUUCAACAGUUGGUCGCUGAUCUAUGUGGGGAUCACAUUCCCCACCGUCAUGUUGAUAGCGUUGCUCUACUGGACACCGGACUCCCCACGCUGGCUACUCCGACAUGCCGUGGAUCGCUACUCCAUCGACAACGUGGAGGAGAUCGUGCGUGAAGGAGCAGCUAUCAAUGAUCGCACCUUCAAGAUUCCCCCGGAUUUCCGCCAGCAGCUGGAGCAACUCAGUGAGCGGUUGAAGAACCAGCCUGCACCUGCUCCUUGGCGGGAUUUGUGGAAGGGAAAGCGGGCCAAGACGCACAUGGUGGCCGCCCACUUGGCACUCGCCUUCUUCGUGAUCAACUUCAUGGGCAUGCUGCUCAACAUCAGGUCCUUCGGAAGGGACUAUCUGGUCCCGAACACCAUUGCCAUGGGAUUUUCGGAGAUCAUUGGCUGCUUCUUGGCUCUUCACUUUGCACUCAAGCACAACAAGUGGAAAUGGCAAUGCGCAGGGGUCUUCAACAUUUUGGCAGGAAUUCUGGGAUGCAUGGGUUGGAUCUUCACCAAUGCAGACUCCAUGGAUGCGGAUCUGAAAGUCAGCCUGUGGAUGAUCAUCGCCACGAUUCCCAAGGCGGCUGUCUCCUGUGCCCAAUCGAUGAUCCUGGCCUGCAUGAACGAGCUGAUGCCGGCGAACAAGAAGCAGCUCUUCGUCUUCUCCGUAGUCACCUGGGCUCGAGUCUGGCUCCUUUCGGCUCCGUUCUUCAAUGUCCUGAAAAAGAUCGAUACGGCCAUGUCCUUGACCUCCUACUGUGUAUUCAGCAUUCUGGGAGGCAUCUGCACCAGCCUUCUUCUCACCCCCAGAUUGAGCGUUUCCCCGGUUGUCCCGCAAGUGGAACCAAGUGACAAGAAGGAGCAGUCACCACUGAAUGCUCCAGUUUGGACCGUCGAAUCCGAUGUGAACAAUACUCGACUGUAGGCAGAAGGAGUUGCUGAGUUUGCCAAUUAAUAGUCUUUCUUAAGACCUCUAAUUAAAAAUUCUUCUGUGAUUAUCUUAAGUAAAAUGUUAUUUUAAAUGCUUAACGUUUCUCUACAAAAUAUAUUUUUUGACUCUUAAGCAAAUGUUUUA